AUGUCUGACACAAAGAAGAAGGACGGCGCUAAUUCGACUGCGACUCCCAAGCGGCCGUCAAAAGGAGCCAAGGGUGUUUGUGAGAUAUUGUCAAAGAUAUUUACUCUGGUAUCUGAGAUCAAAGAUGACCCUGCCGGCUUUGAAGAGCACGAAUCAAUUGUAGCUAACCUUGACUCGUUGAAGAAACAAAUUGACGAGAAGGACGAGAAAUCAAAGAUCGCUAUUGAUGACAAGGACAAGAAAAUCGAGUCGCUUGAAAAGGAAAUAAGUGAUCUUAACACCCACAAGCAGCGGAUGUGGGACGAGUUUGACGCAAAGUACACCGACUUCAUCAAGAAAAUGGGGAAUCACGAGACUCUUCAAGAACGGCUCCAGCAAGUCAUGGCCGAGCUGGAACAGUCUAAUGACCGAUACGAAAAGGCUAAGCAGGUCAAUGAAGAUGUCAAGAAGGAUCUGGACGUCUGCAAAGCCGAAUUAGACAACACUAAGAGCCGCCUCAAGUCUCUGGAAAAGGAACGCGAGCGACUAGAUCUGGAACUUCGAACAAGUGUAAUGCGGGAACAAGAACUCCAUGAUGACCUUGGCUUGAACAAACUUGAGGAUAUUUCUCUUGCCGACUAG